AUGCAUACUAGUACUGUUCUGUUCGACACAUACACAGACAGCAUCUGGCAGUCAAGUGAGACAAGAAGUAAUACCAUAUUUGUGCUUUUUUUGACCAUUGGUAUCCUGGCACACUACAUCUGGAAACGAUAUUUCUUGAAUCAUAAAGAUAUACCACACGAGUUCUGGUAUCGCGUCCCGCAAUCGUCAGGCGCUCGAGCGAUUGCAAAGCAGAAGGAAGAAGAUGGAAGGAAUAUCGCUCAUGUAUUUGAGAAGAAACAGUUCGACAUUGUUGUUUUCUGGGGCAGCCAAAGCGGAAGAGGCGAAGUCCUUGCACGACGGCUCGCUAAAAGUUUUCAUGAUGGCUUUGGACUUAAAACGCUUGCUGCGAACCUUGAUGAUUACGACCACAACCAUCUGACGCAGCUCACCGAGAAACAUGUCUGCGGUUUUGUGCUGUCGACAUAUGGCGAUGGAGAUCCACCGGAUGAUGUUAAUGGUCUCUGGAAUGUCCUACGAACGCUUCAAUCUACCGACUCCAGCUUGAAGCGUUUUCGUUACCUGAUUUUUGGCCUGGGCAACUCAAAUUACCGACAAUACAAUAGAGUGGCAGUAUAUGCUGAUAGUGUAUUUCAAAAUCUGGGUGCAGUGCGCUUGGGGCCGCCAGGCCAAGGUGACGAGGCGAAUGGAGAGACGGAGAGCCAUUUCCUCUCGUGGAGGCGAACGAUCGAAGAUGAGCUCAAAGUGAAAUGGCACCUAACAGAAAAAUCCCAUGCGUACCAAGCAAUGUUCAAGAUCGAAGAAGUCCCUUCUAUAGCCAUGGAAAAGGUGAAUCUUGGGGAACCUGAUUCUUCGGUCCUUGGUCGAAAUCGGUCGGGUGACGGUGGCGUGUCCAAAACACAGACCAUCUCCAGAGCAAGAAAGCUCUGGGAGACGGGCGACAGGCUCUGCAUUCAUAUGGACCUCGAUCUGGGCGAUACUCGAGCAGUCAAGUACAAAACAGGCGAUCACCUGGCUGUCUAUCCGAGCAAUCCCGACCAUCAUGUUGAGCGCCUGCUGUCAGCGUUAGGGCUAUCAGAAAAGCAGGACGUCCCACUGGUGAUUGAAGCAACCCAAGAUAACAGUGACAACAAGGUCCCCGUACCUUCGCCAACAACCGCGCACGCUCUGUUUCGCCAUCAUCUCGAGAUCUGUGGGUAUAUGUCCAUGGAAACUGUUGCAGCACUUGCGGAAUUUGCUCCAUCAGAAGCCGCUGCUGCAGAGUUGCAACGUAUCAGCCAUGACGCUCAUAUUUUCCGAUCCGAGGUUUUGGAUGCCCAUUUAACCUUCGCAGAUCUCCUGAUCAAGGUCGAGGAAGAAGCUCCUUGGGCCAUACCUCUCUCGUUCUUCCUGGAGCGACUCAAAGCAAUGCAACCGCGGUAUUACUCCAUCUGCUCCUCAGCCGAGACUGAUCCAAGGACAGCCUCAUUAGUUGCAGUGGUCGACAAACAUCCAGAAGUUGCAGAGGCCCAGAAGUCGCUUCACAGAGGCUGUUAUGGCCUCGCAACGAGCUACCUUCACGCCCUCGAGAGUGCCAUAAACAACUCUACGUCGGAUAUUGCCAGCUGCGACAUACCUAGCUUCACGUUUGAUGGCCCCAGGGGACAGCUGAGGGGACAGAAAAUGUACGCUUGGAUUCGUCAGAGCACAUUCAAGCUUCCAAUGAGGGCCUCCGUUCCGAUCAUAAUGGUGGGAGCUGGAACCGGCGUCGCCCCUUUCCGAGCUUUCGUUCGGGAGCGCAUGCGACGGAAAGAAGUUGGGCAAGAUGUGGGCAAGAUGUUACUGUUCCUCGGAUUCCGCCACUCAGAGGUGGAUUUCAUCUACAGGGAAGAAUGGGAAGAGGCGAGGAACAUCUUGGGCAAGGAAGUCUUUGACUUUCGGACAGCGUUUAGCCGAGACAACUGUCAGAAGGUCUACGUUCAAGACCGCCUUCAGGAACGGGCUCAAGAGGUAAUGGAUUUGUUACAGAAUCAACUCAGUUGUCGCUUCUACAUCUGUGGAUCAGCUAGUAUGGCUCGACAAGUCGUGGAAGCUCUAGCGAAGAUGAGAAGUCUUUACGCCGAAGAAACCGCAACGCAAGCAAUGGCCUGGGUCAGGAAGCUGCGGCAAUCGAAGCAAUUACAGGAAGAUGUUUGGAGCUGA